CUCCCAAACCACAAGUUCGAAUGCAUCCUCUCUCUCCCACACACAAAGCUAACCUUAUCGUCUCCUCCAGGUCUCCCUUUAUCGUCUCCCUCUCAAUGGUGUAUGCUCCUGUUUCAGUAUACGGAUCACUGAAAAAACGAUAAGGGGGAAAAUCAAAGAAAAUCAGAUCGAAAAUUGUGCUAAGGAGAUGCUUGUGGGCACGUCCGCUCCCAUCGUUUCUCGCUCUGCUGUUCUUCCUUGUAGAUUUUGGUUCCAAUCAGGUCCGACAGACUUCAAAUUAGUGGGCCUCAACAAACACUAUCAUUCUAUCAAGAACCCAUCAUCCAAGUUUGCGAGCGUCAGAUGGAACAGAAAGGCCAACAGUAACCGAUCUGCAAUGGAAACUUUCACGACGCGCGCAUCAGCUCAACCAUUAAAGAACGCUGAUGAGCUCAUUGAUUCCGUCGAGACUUUUAUCUUCGACUGUGACGGAGUUAUAUGGAAAGGAGAUAGCUUAAUUGAAGGAGUCCCAGAAACUCUUGACAUGCUUCGGGCAAAGGGCAAAAGAUUAGUUUUUGUUACUAACAACUCUACUAAGUCAAGGAAACAAUACGGAAAGAAGUUUGAGACUCUUGGCCUGAAUGUUAAUGAGGAGGAAAUUUUUGCAUCAUCUUUUGCAGCUGCUGCAUAUUUGAAAUCCAUUAAUUUCCCGAAAGAUAAAAAGGUUUAUGUCAUUGGAGAAGAUGGCAUCUUGAAGGAGCUUGAGCUUGCUGGGUAUCAGUACCUUGGUGGGCCGGUAUGA